AUGGAGCAUUUCUAUCUUUCCCUCCUUCUUCUCUUCGUUUCUCUCGUCACCCUCUUCCUCUUCCUCCUUUUCCACAAACACCGUUCUCCCUUCUCCGUCCCCAACCUCCCACCUGGAGCCCCCGGUUUCCCAGUCAUCGGGGAGAGCCUUGAGUUCCUCUCAACCGGAUGGAAGGGUCACCCGGAGAAGUUCAUCUUCGACCGCAUGAUCAAGUACUCCUCCGACCUCUUCAAAACCUCCAUUCUCGGCGAACGAGCCGUCGUGUUCUGCGGCGCCGCCUCCAACAAGUUCAUCUUCUCCAACGAGAACAAGCACGUGGCGGCGUGGUGGCCCGACAGUGUCAACAAGAUCUUCCCCACCACCAUGCUGACCAACUCCAAGGAAGAGUCGAAGAAGAUGAGAAAAUUGCUCCCGCAAUUCCUCAAACCUGAGGCUCUCCAACGCUACGUUCCCAUCAUGGACUCCUUAGCGCAGACGCACUUCUCUUCCCUUUGGGACAACCACACCCAACUCACCGUCUAUCCCUUGGCCAAGAGGUACACCUUCUCGUUGGCGUGUCGUUUGUUUAUGAGCGUUGAGGAUGAGAAUCACGUAGCCAAAUUCGAGAACCCUUUUCAGCUUUUGGCGUCUGGAAUCAUAUCGGUGCCUAUUGAUCUUCCGGGAACACCCUUCAACAAAGCGAUCCAAGCAGCAAAUGGCAUCAGGAAGAAGCUGUUGGAGAUCAUUAGAGAGAGAAAAGUGAAUUUGGGUGAAGGAAAAGCAUCACCAACACAAGACAUACUGUCUCACAUGCUCCUAACAUGCGAUGAAAAUGGACAGUUCAUGACAGAAUUCGAUAUUGCAGACAAGAUUCUGGGCCUUUUGAUUGGAGGUCAUGACACUGCUAGUGCUGCAUGCACUUUCGUUGUCAAAUACCUUGCCGAACUCCCUCACAUUUAUGAUAAAGUCUAUCAAGAGCAAAUGGAAAUUACAAAAUCCAAAUCCCCAGGAGAGUUGUUGAAUUGGGAUGACAUCAAUAGGAUGAAAUAUUCUUGGAGCGUAGCUUGUGAAGUAUUGAGAAUUGCUCCUCCACUUCAAGGAGGUUUUAGGGAAGCUCUUAAUGACUUUACUUUCAAUGGAUUCUCAAUUCCAAAGGGAUGGAAGCUGUAUUGGAGUGCACAUUCAACACACAAAAAUCCAGAAUACUUUGGAGAGCCAGAGAAAUUUGAUCCAAGUAGAUUCGAAGGAGAAGGGCCAGCUCCUUACACUUUUGUGCCAUUUGGUGGAGGACCAAGAAUGUGCCCUGGAAAAGAGUAUGCUAGAUUGGAAAUCUUGGUUUUCAUGCACAACCUGGUGAAGAGGUUCAAGUGGCAAAAAAUUAUUCCAGAUGAGAAGAUCAUUGUUGAUCCCUUGCCCAUUCCUGCCAACAACCUCCCAAUUCGUCUUUUUCCUCACAAACCCUAA